AUGAACUUGUCGGAGUCUGUGUGGCUCUUGGAGGAGCCGUGGAACCUCAGCAGAGCGGAGGAAGAGGACCAGAAACUUUUGUUCGGCAUCGGCACGGAUAAUUUCAUCACGCUGCUGGUUUUCGGGCUCAUCUUUUCGCUCGGGGUGCUGGGCAACUCCAUGGUGAUCACCGUGCUGGCCCGGAGCAAACCGGGGAAGCCGCGGAGCACCACCAACAUAUUCAUCCUCAACCUGAGCAUCGCGGACCUGUCCUACCUGCUCUUCUGCAUCCCGUUCCAGUCCACCGUCUACAUGAUGCCGACGUGGGUCUUGGGCGCGUUCAUUUGCAAAUUCAUCCACUAUUUCUUCACCGUGUCCAUGCUGGUGAGCAUCUUCACGCUGUCGGCCAUGUCCGUGGACCGAUACAUCGCCAUCGUGCACUCCAGAAAGUCCUCCUCGAUCCGGGUGGCGAAGCACGCUUUGAUCGGGGUGGUGGUGAUUUGGAUACUCUCUCUGGCCAUGGCUGCGCCAGUCAUGUACUACCAGAACAUCUUUCACGGAGGAGAGAACCACACGUUCUGCUGGGAAGUGUGGCCCCCAAACCAGAAGAAAAUCUACGUCGUGUGCACGUUUGUGUUUGGUUAUGUCCUGCCUCUGCUGCUGAUUUCCUUCUGUUACGCAAAGGUUUUAAAUCACUUGCACAAAAAACUAAGAAAUAUGUCCAAAAAGUCGGAGGCGUCAAAGAAAAAGACUGCUCAGACCGUCCUGGUGGUGGUGGUGGUGUUCUGCCUCUCUUGGCUCCCUCAUCACGUCGUACACCUGUGGGUGGAGUUCGGGACCUUCCCGCUGAACCAGGCCUCCUUCGUGCUCCGGGUGGCCGCCCACUGCCUGGCGUACAGCAACUCAUCCGUCAACCCGGUCAUCUACGCCUUCCUGUCGGAGAACUUCAGGAAGGCGUACAAGCAGGUGUUCAAAUGCCAGAUCGGCGCCAGGGACUCCCCGCUCAACGACAUCAGGGAGAUCCGCAGCAAGGCGGACACGCCGCCCUCGACCAACUGCACCAACGUCUGA